AUGUACAGAUAGGACUCCACUGUGUACGGUGGUUAUACAGGACUCAACACAGUUCACUUAGUAACACUCAGACCUUUUAAGAAUUUUUACCUAUCGAAAAACGUACAAACCAUCAUCAACAGAUGAGUUGAAACCAAGUUUUGGAUGUAUGAGGUUAUUAAGGAUUUAGAGGAGGGAUUCAGAAGGAAUAAAGAACGUUUUGUGACCCCUUAUUGACUUUAUAAGGAUAUAUAUAACACAGGUGUCUACAGUAGGGGUCAAGCCUAAUUAGGGCUAGGUGUAUAUAUAACUGGAGAAAAGGGGUCAGAUAUUUCAUGGAGGAAUGAAUUAUGGUCAUUUGAACAGUUGACCAAAGGCCUUUAGCUGUUCUAAUGUGAUUUAUGUUCACACUAAAUGUUUGAAUUCAGUGAUCUAUGUGAACUGAGUUGAGGAUAUAUUCAAAACCGUGUUACAUUUUAGUGAAUUUAUUAUUUCAUUUCGAAAAAAAAAAAAAGGAAUAAAAAAAAAUGUGGAUUAUUAGCUGUUUUUGAUCUAGAAUAAUUUUUGGAUAAAUCACACAUGAAGUGGGUAAGGUGUCAGCUGUAAGUGUGUAAAAUGAUGUGUAUUAUUAAUGUGUUGCUGACGCUGGUUGCGAUAUUACCCAUCUGUAUUCAAGCUAAUUCCGGUCCACCUCGAAUCACCCAACAGCCAAAAAAUCAAAAAGUUGCAGAAGAUGAAACAGUGUCGUUUUUCUGCAAAGCUUCCGGUAAUCCCGCCCCUUCAUUCCAUUGGGAAAAAGGAAAUAGAAAAAUAAAUCCACGAAGAAAUAGAUAUAUUGUUGAAGAUAGUCCACAUUUAACUGUUUUAAGGAUAGCUCCUGUUAAAUCUAAGAAAGACGAUGCAGUGUUUACAUGUGUGGCCGAUAACGGUCUCGGGGAAGCGAGAGCCAACGCAACGCUGGAAGUAUUUAAAAAGAUUGGAGACACUGUCGGUGGAAAUCCGUGGGUCGUUAAAUAUGAAGAUUUUCCUAGUGGAUAUCCCCGGAUAGUUGUAAAUCCGAGUUUAAAAUCGGUAGAAAAAGGACAUAAUGCGUUAAUGAAAUGUGAAGUGGAAGGAAACCCCGAACCAACAGUUUAUUGGUUGAAAGAUUUUUUACCAGUUGAUAUGAGCGAUCCUCGAAUAACGCUUUUAGAAUCAGGAUAUCUACAGAUUAAAAUGAGUCAAGAAUCAGACGCAGGGAAAUAUGAAUGUGUAGCGGAGAAUGAUGUAGGCGUGGCGUAUUCCUACGCAGCAAUGUUAUAUGUUAAAGUUCGAAGAGUUCCUCCUCAUUUUUCCAUCGCACCAGAAGACACAAAGGUAAUGCCUGGAGCCGAUGUCAACCUUACAUGUGUAGCAGUGGGUUCCCCGAUGCCCUUCGUUAAAUGGCGGCAGGCAGCAAAGGAAUUAACACCUGAAGAAGACAUACCAAUUGGUCGUAAUAUUCUACAAUUAGAAAAUGUUCGUGAAUCGAAGAACUAUACCUGUGUAGCGUCGUCUGAUCUGGGAAAUAUCGAGUCUGUGGCUAAAGUUAUAGUUGAAGCACCUGGAAGUGCCCCCAGAAAUGUCCGAGCUCGUGCAGCAAGUUCAACAACGAUCGUCGUCUCCUGGAAUCAACCAGAAAUACCAAAUGGAGCCAUUCAGGGUUACAAAGUAUUUUAUUCCCUCACUCCGGAAAAACCCAUAUUUUUCUGGGACAGUCAAGAAGUUACCAAUAACAACCAAGUGACCACGAUCAGUAAUUUAAAACCCAACGAUACUUACACAAUCACGGUCUUAGCUUUUUCGAGCAUUGGUCAAGGUCCGAUGUCACACCCCGUACAAGUUCUAACAACCCAAGGUGUUCCCUUCCAACCACUGAAUCUGAAAGCUGAUACGAUCUCACCUAACGAAAUCGUUGUUAUGUGGGAUGCUCCACAAGAAGAAGAAAAGAUCGAGAGCUACCAGCUUUAUUACAACGACUCACAUAUGAGACAAAACAUCCGUAUCAGUAUUUCGCCACCCGAUGAAAAAUACAAACUGAUUGAUCUUACGCCAGAUACUGUUUAUCACAUACAAGUAUCGGCAAAAUCGGCUCGUGGAGAAGGUCCGAAAACACCAACGGUUCAGGCAAAAACUCGUCCUUACAUUCCGGAAGCCUCGCCACAAGCUGUAAGCGGCCGACCACUCGAUGCCCAUCAAAUAGCUGUUAACUGGAAGCCUCCACCCCCAGACAAACAAAAUGGCCGUUUGGAAGGUUAUAAGUUACGUUAUAUGAAGAAUAUCGAAGGUGAUAUAGAAACCGAUGGUGUUGAAAAAAUUCUCGACCCCAACAUUGAAUCGUAUACGAUCAAAGGCCUGGAUACGUGGACAGAGUACAAAAUUCAAGUUCGAGCUUACACUAAAGUUGGCGAAGGACCCCUGUCUCCGCCCAUUAUAGUCAAAACAGACGAGGACGUCCCAGGAGAACCACGAAAAGUCAAAAUCGAGGUCAUCAAUUCGACUGCCAUUUAUGUAGAAUGGCGUCCACCUGUGAACCAGAAUGGAAUCAUCCGAGGAUACCAAGUUUAUUACGUCGAGGUCAACAGCGAUGAUGAACCAAUUUCUUCGUCACCCUAUUAUGAUACUUACGAUGGAAAUAAACACGAGGCUGUGAUCACGGGCCUCAACGCAGAUACGAGGAUCAUGGUACAGGUGGCAGCAUAUACCAGAAAAGGAGACGGAAUUCGCAGUCGAUCAAAAUUGAUAACAACCAAGGGAGCAGUUCCAACUCCACCCAGAAAUCUCCAUCUUGACUUGAUUCAAGAAGAUCCACCACGUAUCAAAGUCACAUGGCAACGACCUCGAGAUACCCAUGGAAACGUGGAAAACUACAAGGUCAUUUGGGGUCGUUCUGGAGAACGAUAUGAGGAAAAGAUCCUUCCUGCGGAAAAAUAUUCAUUUGUUACGUAUUCCCUAGAUAAAGGGACAAAGUACGAGUUCCGUGUUUUAGCUAAAAAUGAUGUUGAUUAUGGAGAGAGGGCUGUUGCUACCCUUGGUACACCAGAUGGAGCCCCAGCAGGUGCCCCUCAGAACUUUACAGCCAUUGGUUUGAGUGAAACGAGUGUUAGAUUAACAUGUGAUUUACCUUUUUCAUUUUAA